AUGUCGAAGAGAAACCAACCAGAAGGUGAAGCUGCAGGUGGCGGCGGACCAUCUAGCGAUCACGGUGGUCGUGGUGGUAAUCGCGGUGGCUACAACAAUGGCCAUGGCAACUAUUAUGGAAACUGGGGAAAUACUCCCAGUUAUCCUAUGCCUUAUCCCAACUACCCCCCGACUCCUUAUGGACAGCAACCCCCUCCAGCAUUUGGCUCGGGUUAUCCAUUUGGGCAAUAUCCCACUUACCCACCCACGGGACCGGGUUACAACUCGUACCACUUCACCCCCGAUGCCCCAUGGCAACCUGGGAACGAGCCUUCAAACCCAUUUUCUCAGUCUCACCAGGCCUCGCAAACACAGCAGAGCCAAAACAAUGGUAGACAACAGGGAGGAAAAAGAAAGAAGCCAAAGAAGUCUCACGAGGUUGAGAAGGCUUCGUUGUGCCGAGUCGAAUCAGACAAAGGUACUGCUGCCCCCGAGACCCCCAAUGUGCCCAAAGGUGGUGGUACGCAACAAAAGCCUCAUAGAGAGUUGCACUACCAAGGGAAUCAUGAUGAAGAAACCGGAGUCUGCGGCAACUGCAAGAAGCCUGGCCAUGAGGUCAUUCAGUGCUGGGCCAUCGGAAAAGAUGGAUUCACCCACGGCUGCGCUGUGUGUAACUCUGGAGAACAUGAGACCGACAGGUGCCAGCGCUUCCCAAAGGAAGUCAACCAAAAGAUCGAGAUACUGGUCAAAAGACGUGCCUGUCUCCCUCCACUCAAAACCGCAUUUUGGUACAACCUGAUGUGGAAGUGGGUAAAGAACAAUCCUACUACUGAAGUAAGCCAUCUUUUCCCCUGGACUACGCAGUUUGCUAUCGAUGUCCUGAAUGGCGAUCGUAAGUCAGAAGUUGAGGGGAUUCUUGCCACUAUGAGAAACAAUCCUGACAUGGAGCGAUCUCAAUUGAUCAUCGAUCCCGCAACAGCAAAUUGGGAGAAGGUGAAAGAAACAUAUGGCGGUGAUCCCAAGAACUUCUUUGAGAAGCUUCGAGCAGCCAAAGGCGCAGUCUCAAAACAACGGAUUGCCAACGCCAUUGUCCAAGAACAGCAGAGCCAUGCCUAUGUGGCGAGCGAAAAAGAAGAAUCUCGCCAUUCCGAUCCGAGAAUGAGUGACGAUGAAGUUGCAGGCUUCGAGCAAGGUGAUGGUGAUGGUGACCAGCAUCUGGCAUCCAAGAGCGCCUCACCCAUUGCUCAGAGGACGAGCCCAGCAAAAGAACCUCUGACUCAAACUGGAGUAGAAGAAGCCAAUGAUGACGAGAUGCAGGGAGAUGAGUCCAGCCCUUUGAAAGCUACACCUGUCGGCUCUUUCAGCACAGCUGCCACUGAGAGUGAUGAAGGCGAGGAGGAUAGUUACGUGCAGGUCAGGACUUGGCAGCUGGGAGCGGCGCAUAACGCCCUUUGGCCACCCCGUAGGAGAGGAGGCAGAUAG